CUUACCAGUUUGCCAGUUUCUCUAGCUUCUUCUACCGCCGGUCAAUCCAAGUCUAGUUUUAUGCUGAAAGCGGCAUGUUCGAUAAGUGCUUCUUUAAAGGCAUUGUUUGUUUCGGUUCGUGCUAGGUAGUACAUGGACAUUUAAUGUCACAUUUUUCAGGUCGCGUCGAUCUACUUUUACCGCCGGAGUUCAUCAACUACUCGAGAGGAUGGCAGCCUGUCCAAAUGAAAGCCCGCUUUCGAGCUACGUUCUGCGGGUCAAGCGAAUGGAGCCGAACCUUCCGGACCCCGCCGCUCUUGAGCGAGAGCUGCUGUCGCUCCGCACCGCCUUCAGCAAGACCAGGUUUCAGCUUCCCUUGCAGUGCACCGAGACCCCUACGAGGGCAUGCUGCCUCUUUGAGCGCCUAGAUGCACUGAACGAGAUGCUCUGGUUUAUCGGUUUCGAAGUGACCGAGGUAUCACCUGGGAGGAUUACCAUUGGCCACCAGCAGGAUGUAACUGUUACGGGCAAAAACUGUGACAAGGAUCCCAUUGAAUACGGAGCCAUCAUGUUGCACUGUCUCCUUGCCAAGCACCGGUGUGUCAGAGGUGUUGAGCUUGUGCUUCCGACUGUGCGCCAAAGUACCUUCCUGCUUCUUUUCUGUGAAGCCCUGCGCUCAAACGAGACGUUGACGUGCUUGCGGCUUAGUCAGUGCGACCUACGUACCAGGAUCACUGCCUGCGCCAUAUUCGUCAUCUGCCGCCUCCUGGGGACGCAGCUGCGCGAGCUGACGCUGGAUUCCCUGCAGCUAGUUGGUGACGUGUGGGCAUCGCUAGAGGUCCUCAGGGACGGAUUGGCCGCAACUCAAACACUCAAGAUGCUCAAAGUCGUGGACGUUCAUGUUACUGGAACGGGUGCAGGGGCGGCCGGGGGUUCGGCCAGCAUCGCUGCCAUAAUCUUGGAUGGUCUGGCUGGCAACACGAGCGUGUGCAGCCUUGCCAUCGACAGCUGGUUUACCAUGCAUGACAACGAGGAGGCAUUCCAGCGGCUGCUGGCUGAUUCGACGUCCUUGAUUGAGCUCAGUGUGACUUGUGCGAGGCGUUGCCACGAGGCGAGCGCUGUCUUCGACGCACUGGCCGCCAAUUCCAGCAUCACUGACCUCAUUGUUGAAGGCUUCCACCUGGGUCAGCCUGACGGAGAGUCAUUUGCUGAACUGCUUGCCAGGAACAAGGCCUUGAAGGAGGUCUCCUUCACGGAUUGCUCGUGGGAUCUCUGGGAACGUAACGAGCAGGGUGAAAAGGUGCGCCUGCAGUGGCAGGUGGACUGCCUGGUCGAGGCUCUCAAAUGUACCACAUCGCUGCACUCCCUGGAUGUGGACUGCAACCUGACGCUGCGCGAGGUCCGCCUACUGCUGGAAGCAGCUCGCGACUGUGCAUCAGUGAAGGAGUUGCACAUUGCCUCGCUGCGCCUCACAAACUUGGAACCGUUUUGCCAGGCACUGGAAGAGACGGGCAUGGCCCACAAGGUGAAGGUCAGGAGCUGCACUUCGUCGGCCCAGUUUCUCGUUCCUCUGGUAAUCGGUAUGGAGAAAGCACCGCCGGCUGUCGGGCAGCUUCGACUUAACUGUGUCGACAACAAAUCCCUGCACGAUGCGUGCUGGGCCCUGUCAAACGAUUCGAGCCAGCACGUCACCUCUCUGCACCUGCACAGCACUACGCUGUGUGUGGAAUCUGACGCAGCCCAGGAGCUUGGCUCCUACUUGGCCACAACGCAGUGCCUGCGGGAGCUGGACCUGAAGCUGCCAAAGCUGGCCCCCUGGUCACACUUGGUUGUUGCUGGCCUGGCCCAGAACAGCAGCAUCCAGAAACUGAAGAUCAAAGGUAUCUUUACAAGUGCAGAUGUCGGGGUGCUGUGUGAUUGGCUGACUGAGAGCCAGCAUGUGCACAACCUUGAGUUCUGGUCAACCAGCACAAUCGCUGGACUGCUGGUCGACACACUGGCUGAGUCGCUGGAAGAAAGCUACACAUUGACACAGAUCAAAGUCGUCGAGUGCUGGAAGAACAAGUUGCCGUGGCAACGUCUGAAGAGUCUGGUCAGGCGCAAUGCAGGCCUGGUGCAGUGUGCAGCUGGAUUUUCCUUGGGCUCAGAACUGACGCGAGCUGCCCUGGGCUAUGAGCUGGUUGCACCGUGGCACCCACAGCUGCUAGGAGCCAUUCAACGCAUGGGGUCCCUGACUCAGGCUGAGGCCGAGAAGCGCAUCAAGAGUGCUGCCAGACGCAUUCAUUCCAAGUUCUGGCAGCUUGCUGGCAUCGUGUACGAAGAACUGGUCUGCUACGAGGUGCCGUCCAACGGAUGUGGUGAUGGAUCAACAGGACGACCACUGCAGCUUGACCAGCUCCCCAGCCGAAUCUUGGAGCACAUCUGCUCCUACCUCAAGGUCAGCGAUGUGUUGGUCACCAGAAAUGCGACGAGAGGACACUAACAAACCAUGUAAUGUCUGGGUAAAGCUUGUUACGGUUUCUUGUGCUCUGAGCCCAUGAUAAUCACUAGAGCUUUUAAUACUUAACACUUGCAAGGUCACCAACCAUUUCUCUAGCCAUACUGCGCAGAAAUGUUGUAAGCAACUGGCACAGUGCCGUCUCCAAGUCUUGUCAAGUGCCUUUACCUACCUCAUCUUGUCAAGUGCCUUUACCCACCUCUGCAUUUGUGUUCGCCAAAUAUCUGUGUUCCUGUGUUAGCAGUGUAAGUAGUGGCUGUUUACAAAGUCUGUAAAGUAGUCUAGCUUUUCGUAGCUCACUUGCACUCGUGAACUCCAUUUUUUUCGUUAAUGUGACCUUGUUACUCACGAAUACCAAAUAAUGUAUGGCCAACAUAAGGAUUGUGCCUUUGUUUCCAGAACAGUGAGUAAUAAGAACUUGUGAUGUUUUUCUUUUAAUGUUUCAAAUACUGGUUCUUUCUGUUUAAACUGUGUUGAAGUGCUCACUGUAAAAGAUUUUAAGCACAGCAUUUAAGUCUACACUAGGCUUCUGCGAAUAUUCAAAUGCUUCAGUUAUUCAAAUAAAUAGUUGAGUAUUUGAA